AUGUCGGACGAGCUAGCUUCCACACUUGCUUCCAUCCAGGAGUUCAUGGCCGGAGUCGGUAGACGCUUGGAUCAGUUAGAGAGUUCUCGCCAGGAUCCUCAGCCGGCUGGCAUGGUCACUGACGAGACGAUUCCUCAUGCAUCUCAGACAGCACAGACUCGUCUACCUGGGGUUUCACUUAGUACUCCAUUCCAUCUGGCAGAUCAUUGUGAGACUAUUCUGCCACCUACUGUCAUAGUGUCGCCUCCCAUGGUUCCUACUAUUGAGGAUACUCGAUUAGCCGAGCAGGAGGCCAGGGUUGACAGGCUUGAGUCCAAGAUGAGACAGAUCAGAUUGCAGGACGGGGGUUUGACUUGGGAUGAUAGAGAUGGCAUACCGGCGGCUAGCUUGCCCGCCAAGUUUCGCAUGCCAGACAUUGAGCGCUAUAGUGGGAUUGGUUGUCCCAAGAUCCACUUGAGGCUAUACAACACGGUCAUGAGAGCACAUGGGAUAGAUGAUGCACAGUUGGUGGCCCUCUUCCCUAUGUCACUUAGUGGGGCAGCUCAGAGGUGGUUUGCUUCAGUUGAGCCUUCGAGACUUCACACCUGGGAGGACGUGGCUCAUGAGUUCCUGACUCAGUUCGCUUUCAGUGCCGAUAUUGAUGUAUCCAGACGAGAGUUGGAGGCCACUAGACAGAGGCCAGAGGAGUCUAUUUCUUCCUUUGUCACUCGUUGGAGGGCAAAGGUGGCUGGUAUGGUAGAUCGGCCUAAGGAGCAGGAUCAGAUUGACAUGGUUCUUCGGAACCUACAGCCGAGAUUCGCGAGACGUCUUGUGGGCAUCCCGUUUCAGGAUCUCAGGAGUUUGGUUCAGGCAGCUUUCAGUGUUGAGGAGGCCAUUGCUCGAGGAUUAUGGACAGAUACUACUCCUUCCCCUGACAGUAAAGGGAAGAAGCUGAUUGGGUCAUUUAGUAGAUCUGGAGAGGUUGGCGCUAUUAGUUAUCAGCAUCGGAGGCCUACGCAUCACUCACUUUAUAGGCCUCCUACAGUCAGAGCUCCUUUCUCUCUUCCACAGUAUCAGUAUCAGCUGGAUUAUGCUCAGGAGCCUUACAUUGCUCAGACUAGCAUGCAGCUGCGACCACCACAUCCGAGAGCCGCUACUCACCCGCCACCUAGACCAUAUGCACAGAGGCUCAGGGACGCUGGAGUGAUUGUUCCUUUGGCGCCGAGGCCUUUGCCCCAUCGUAUUCCUCCUCAUUUCCGUUCACAUGAGCACUGCUUGUAUCAUCAGAUUCCGGGGCACGAUACUGAGCGUUGUUCAGCACUCCAUCAUGCGAUACAGGAUUUGAUCGAUUCAGGGGUGGUUGACUUGGCUAGGCCAAGUGUGACCACCAAUCCUCUGCCUACGCAUACUACACAUGCAGUCCCUCUUCCUCCUAGUCUUCAGUAG